AUGUCGCAGCUGACGCACAAGCGCCUGGAGGAGACCGACCUCGGCGCCGUGGCGCUGGAGGCCCGCGCGGCCGCGCAGGCCGCGGCCGCGGACGCCUCCGCGUGCUGGGCGCUCGCGGAGCAGGUGCGGCCACAGAGGCAGUCCACCGCAUGCCCAGAGCCGCUCGGCAGCACCAUGAACUUCGGGUCCUGGUCCAGCACCGCGGGCCAGAGCCAGGACGGCGCCGCGCGCCGCGGCGGCCCCGGGGCGGCCGGCGGCGGAGAGGGCCCCGAGCCAGGGAGCGCCAGGCUUCGCUCGGGCCCUGGCGUGGUGGCGGGCCUCAACGUUGUGCUGCAGUCGGUAGGCGGCCCGGCCCAGCUGCCGGGCAAGCAGGCGCCGCAGCCCGACGCGCGGCUGCACAGCGCGCCCGGGUCCGCGAGGCCCGCCGGCGCGCGGCGGGAGCUGCCCUUCCCCGCCCGUGGCGCGCCGUCGAGGGGCUGGCACUGGUGA